AUGUUAACUAUCCAUCUUAGAUUCUUCCUCGGAGUUGCCGAGGCUGGCGUUGGCCCAGGAUUUGGUGUUUACAUUACAAUGUUCUGGACAAGGCAACAGCAACCUCUCCGAUACUCAAUUUGGUACGCAGCUACUGGUCUUGGUGGCCUGCUGGGUCCUAUGAUUAUGUACGGCAUGGUACAUGUGGAUGGGCCGCUCCCGCGUUGGCACUAUCCCUACAUUAUUUUGGGCAGUGUUACCAUAGCCUGGGGGAUUGUUCUGUUCAUUUGGCUUCCCAACAACCCCGAGACCACAUGGUUCUUGAACAAGCAGCAGCGUCUCCUUGCUGUCGAGAGAAUUCGCACCGAACAGACUGGGAUCGAAGACAAAACUUUCCGGUGGUACCAAGCAAUGGAACUGGUUACGGACCCCAAGUCAUAUCUUAUCCUGGCUAUGAACUUUUGCUUACACUACGUCAAUGGGGCUAUCUCCGGAUUUGGUACCAUCAUUAUAACGGCUUUCGGUUUUAGCCAAUUCAACGCGGUGCUCUUAACUGGAGCCGUUGGUGCAAUGGUCUUCGUGACACUGAUCCUCGCCGGAAUAGCCGGCAGUUAUAUCAAGAACAGCCGACUCAUCAUCUUUACCCUUUGCGAAAUUCCGGUCAUUAUCGGCGCUUCCUUGAUGUGGAAGAUAUCAUGGCAUACACACAGAAAUAUUGGUAUUGCUGGCUUUAUCCUGCUUGGUCCAUUUGCGGCAUCAUAUGCUAUGUUGUUGGCUCUAGUCGGCGCAAAUACUGCGGGUCACACGAAAAAGGUCCUGAUGCAGGCUAUCAUCUGGUCGAGUUACGCAAUCUGCAAUGGAAUUUCCCCUCUCUUUGUCAGGCAAACAGAGGUCAAGGCGCAAUAUCCUUCCGCUUUCAAGGGAGCCAUCAUCACGGCAGCCAUCGCCGUUGCCUGUGGUGUUAUGAUGCGAUUUUAUCUCCAGUACCAAAACUACAGGAGAGACAAAACAUAUGGCAAACAAACCGAAGAAGACAUCCAAAAUGCCAGGUUUUUAGAUCAAACGGACAUGGAGAACAAAACGUUUAGGUACGUUCUCUAA